AGAGACAUAGUAAGCUUUAUCAAAUGAUGGAGAACAGCAGCAACGAUGCCCAGCCGCACUUGACGGGUCUGCCGCCACUGCCAAAAAGUCUGAGCGCCGCUACGGCGGCUCCUGUGGCCAUUGGCCCCCAUCCCCGCACAGCCUCGCCGGCGUCCAGUGUUAACGCACUGACCGUAGCCGCUGGAGAACUAUACCUGGGCCCCUCCACCUCCUCGUCGGCGGCGUCACGAAAUCGUAGCUACAAUGGACACGGACACAGCCAGCGGCACGGUAGUCUGUCAUCCACGCAGGAGUCGCUCAGUGAUCGGGAAUCUGUGCACAGUCGUGCUUCCAGCACCCACAGCGCUGGGGCUGUUCACACGCCCACCAACAGCUCGAGCAGCACUGGAGCCACCUCGUCCACCAUCGACAACCAGUUGGCCAUUCUGCGACGGGAGAUGUACGGUUUGAGGCAGUUAGAUCUGUCGCUGCUGUCCCAGCUAUGGGCGCUAAACGAGUCGAUACAGGGAUUCCGUGUGUUUCUGCAAGAGCAGGACGCACUGUCGCCGCCCUCGAGGUCUCGUACUCCAUCGGAUGCGAAUUCCUUGAGCUCCGACGAAGAGGACGAUGGCUCCUAUGCGCCAGUAGCCUUGCCUAAGCUGACAGAUGCUGCCGGUGCUGGAAGUGCGGGAGUUGUGAACUCAAGGGCCAUGGCCUCGCCGGCAGCCAGCGGGGGACUGCCCACCAAACUGGCCACUGGGUCGACCACAUCCCACGCCUCAACUAGCUCCACAUCAGGAGCAUCUGGCUCCUCAUCCGCUGCCUCCUCGAUGGGCAAACACCAGCAAAUGCAGCAGCAACAACAGCAGCAGUCGCAAUCGGCUAACCACUACCAUCAGAGGCCAGCGCCACCACCCGCACCACCAGCUCAGCACAAGGCGCAUCCACAGUUGCCGCGAAUCCUGCAGCAGCGCAUGAGACAGGCACCGCCUCCGCCGCCACCCACAAGGCAAAAGGCGGGCGGCGGUGGCGGAGGCGGAGGCGGAGCUAGCACCAGCAGCAGUAACCACAGCAUUAGCAGCGUCACCCAGCCGCAUCCACAUUCACACCAACAUCCCCAACAUACCCACCAUUCGCGACCUGUAUGACAAAACCCGUUCUUGGACUAAGCCAAGUUCAAGAACAGAAGCAGAUUCACAUAGCAGCCGCUGCCAACACUUCGGAAAGGGUCAAUUAGACGACAUUUCUCCAAGAGUCAAUUCAAAUUCAAGUGCAGAAAGAUCCCACACAUCACUCUAUCAACUAUCAACUCAUAAAGCUUGCCAUGGUCCCUUGUUCUUGAUAUUGAAUCUCGAAACAUAUGAACGGUUUAUAAAUGUUUUUUGCAAAACGAUGAAAAUGUCUUUGAAUGUAAGCGUACCACUUUUCACGUUUAAUAUUAAAUAAUAAACACAAGAAAUUUGUAUUCAAUAAUAAUCGCUAAGUAGUAAAGGAUAAGAUCCUUAUAUGCAUCUAUGUAUUACUCAAAUUGUAUAAACAUAAAUCUAAAAUGCUUGAAAUUCCGCAUCGAAUUCAUAGAUCUAGUUCUAUUAUUUGCGUUGACUCUGAAAUGUUUUGUUAGAAUGCAUACUACUAUCCAACAACAAAAACUAAACGAAAUUGUUCCAACUCAUGUAGCACUAACCAAAACUAAACUCUUGGCCUAUACAUAUGAAUAUCUGGAUUGAUUUUAUAGCCCUGUUAAGACUUAGUUUCGUAAUGGCGUAUCGAUUGGAAAAUUAUAUAUUACGAACAUGUAUCUGCAUCUCAAAAGCAAAAUCUAGCUGAUCUUACUGUUAGUCCAAUAAUCCUAUCAUUAAAAAUACAACAAAAAACUAGGCAUAUAUAUGUAAAGCUCAAGUAUUGGAGCAAAUCCCCCGAGCAGUUGUACAGUGCGUUUCAGAUCUAUAAGUCAGUUGCAUGUUCCGUGAAGCAAAAAACCAUUUUAAGCUAGUUUCGGUUGUACAUUUUUCCAAUUUGUUCAAAAAUCUUACCCAAGUCAUGGAUAACAGAAUUGUAAGUCUGAAACGCAUUGCAUAUAAUAUUUAUAUUCUAAAUACAUAUACAAUUUUUACCAAGUAACAGUUAAAGAGCGAAAAUUGAUGAAAACGCAGUAGAUACCAUCGGUAUCUCCCAUAUCACAAGCAUAAAGCGGGAGAUUGCGAAAUGAAAACAGAUUUACAUAUAUUACCUAAUCAAAAAUUAUACAAUUUCCAAUAUUUAUUGUUAGUUCUUAGAUUGUUUUAUUUCUCAAAACAAAUUCUUUAUAAUCUACUAAAAUUAAAUCACCCUAUGAAGUUAAA